UUCAGUUGAGGCUGAGGAGGAAGAAGUUCACGGUAUCAUCCAGCAGCGGAACAACACGGGACGUCGUCUUCGCACCAUGGAGCAGAAAAGAGUCAUCAACUUUUGCGCCGGACCCGCAAAACUCCCGCAAACCGUGCUGCUACAAGCACAGAAGGAGAUGCUCAGCCACAAUGACCUCGGCUUUAGUGUUCUUGAGAUGAGUCACCGCUCAUCAGACUUCGUCAAAAUCCUCAACAAAACAGAGAGUCUCCUGCGAGAGUUGUUAAAUAUCCCGGCCAACUACAAGGUGAUGUUCCUGCAGGGCGGCGGGUCGGGGCAGUUCAGCGCCGUUCCGCUCAACCUGAUCGGCCUGAAAGAGGACAAGUGCGCCGACUACCUGGUGACGGGCACGUGGUCGGCGAAGGCGGCGAAAGAGGCGGAGAAGUACGGCAAAGUCAACAUCGUCCACCCGAAGCUGGACAGUUACACGAAAAUCCCCGACCCCGGCAGCUGGACCCUGAACCCCUCGGCCUCCUACGUGUACUACUGCGCCAACGAGACGGUCCACGGUGUGGAAUACAACUUCACGCCCGAAACCAACGGGGCGGUCCUCGUCAGCGACAUGUCCUCCAACUUCCUGUCCCGCCCAGUGGACGUGUCGAAGUUUGGGCUGAUUUUCGCCGGAGCGCAGAAGAACGUGGGCUGCGCCGGAGUGACCGUGGUGAUCGUACGCGAGGACCUGAUCGGCCACACGCUCAAAGAGUGUCCCAUUGUCCUGGACUACAAGGUGCAGGCUGAAAAUAACUCCCUCUACAACACGCCGCCAUGUUUCAGUAUCUACAUCAUGGGCCUGGUGCUGGAGUGGAUCAAGAACAACGGCGGCAGCGCCGCCAUGGAAACACUCAACAAGCAGAAGUCCUCCAUCAUUUAUGACAUCAUCAACGCUUCCAAAGGUUUCUUUGAUUGUCCUGUAGACGUGUCUUGUCGCAGCCGCAUGAAUAUCCCAUUUCGCGUGGGGAAGAAAGGAGGAGACGAGGCCUUGGAAAAGGACUUUCUGGAUGGAGCGUCCAAACGUGGAAUGAUAUCACUGAAAGGUCACAGGUCGGUUGGAGGAAUCCGUGCGUCUCUGUACAACGCGGUCACGCUGGAGGACACCGAGGCCCUGGGGGCCUACAUGAAGGAGUUCCUCAAAGAGCACCAAUAAGAUCGGGCCCUCGUGUCACACGGUGGCCUGUCAUUACUGUAGUAUUGUUGUUAUUAAAAGUUCUAGUUAAGAUCCAUGUUGGAUUGGUAAGCUGAUCGUGCCUGUAUCUAACACUCCCUCCAUUGUUCUUUAAGAUUUCACCACUGCUGUUGUCAGAAAUGUCUUUGAAAGGGGGGCAAGAUAGUUUACUGUUUAUUUUUCCGACCGCACUGGUCGGGGCUCGAACGCGCAGCCUCUGGUGCGGGAGACGCACGCGCGAACCACUAAGGCCAAAACCCUGAGGGGAGUGAUGUUUACAAACUGCACACACAGUUGUGUGGUUCGAUCCGCACCAUUUUUUUGUUUGCUUUCAAUUCGCAGAGCCUGUAAAAACUGGAUUCUUUCUUCUUUUCGGCACACGCACACACACACAGAACUUUUACAAAAAGUGUAUUCGAUUCUAAUCGUUUACUGCCCCUUUUAAUUACAACUACGUUUCAUUGAAUUAAAACUGGACUAACGCUGCUUUGAUACACAUCCUGUAGGUGAUUCUUUGGUAAAUGUUUUUACAUUCCAGUAAAUCUAACUUGGCAUUA